CGUCCCACGUUUUCAAAACAUCUCGCCCGUACGAUUGUUCCGAUUUGAAAAAAUUCAUCACAAAACGAUCAAACAGUGCCUCGAUUUCACAAACAAUCGACCGUUAGUGCUCAAAGUCUUUCAUGUAUCAACGCUUGCGGAAGAAACACGUACUUAUAUUACUUAUGUACAUUUACCUAUGUACUAUGUUAUGUAGAUGUGAUAUUACCAGUGUUGCGUAAUUUUAUGGACUGUUAUCAAUCAUGUAUCUAACGCAAAUUAUAUGUAUAAUUGUUACAAUGUCAAUAUCGUUUGCGGUGCAAUACCCAACAAAUCCUACCUCAGAAAUGUCAGCGGAUGAGAAGAAUUUGAUAAAAGUUAAUAAAACACUAGAACAAUCCGAUGAAAGUGGCCAUGAAGUAGAUACGGAUGGUGAAGAAGUGAAAGACAAAAAAUAUUUAGUAGAUGCUAUGAGAACAAUUCUAGAUCCAAACGCAAUAAUACAGAAAAACGCUGAAGACGAAGAUAAUUUUAAAUUUCAAAUAGAUGAACUGGAAAAGGAAAAUAUGACACUUGAAAAUUUUAUGGAGGAAAUGGAUAAAUUGAGCUUAGACGUUUGUAAGACGUCGCAGGAAGCACUUUGGUCCUAUGUAACUGAUAUUACUAACGAAAGCAAAAAGAAUAGAAUGAUAUCAAUAGCUGCAGAAGAAGACGAAAUAAAAAAGCAAUAUUGGAAUAUGUUGAAAAAGAAAUAUUUAAACGAUUGGCAACUACUGAACGAUCCGAAAUUGAAGAGGAAGCUACGAAUCAUCAAAGAGAGGGGGACCAACGUGCAAAUGCCACAAAGCAAACAAAGAGAGGAAAUAGACACAAUGCAACGGAUUUGGAGUCGAGUCACAGUAUGCGCUUAUAACGCAUCUAAUUGUAAUACAGACGAAUCUUUACGUUCUAUGAGUGAUGUUAUUGCGGUGUUCAAAAGAAAUAACGAUACGAAGGAAUUAUUGUAUUAUUGGAAAGCCUUUAGAGAUGGCACUGGAAAACAAAUACGUCCUAUUUUCAAUGAUUAUGUUACAAGAAUGAAUAAUGUAGCGCAAUCAGAAAACUUCACUGACGCUGGCGAUAUGUGGAGAUAUACAUUUGAAGAUGAUCAUUUUGAAGAAACGGUUAAUAGACUUUGGUCAGAGAUUAAACCUCUAUAUAAAUUAUUACAUACUUAUGUUAGGAUAAAAUUAAAGAAGCAUUUCAAAUCUGAACUAUCUAAAAAAGAGAAAACUAUACCUGCACAUAUUCUCGGCAACUUAUGGGCGCAAGAAUGGCAAGCAGUUUACAAUAAAGUUGCAAUUUACCCCGACAUUCCAAGACCCACGGCAAUAAACAAUAAAAUGCUGCAAGCGAAGGAUCUUUUUGAUGCAGUAGAUAAUUUCCAUCAGUCCCUUGGUUUUGCGAGCGCCCGACAAGCGUAUCAAGACAUAAGGGAUACUGCAACUUCUGCUAACUGUCUACCUUCAAGCCAUGACAUGUGUGAUGGAGUGAAUUACAAGAUCAAAUGGUGCGGAGAGAACUUGACCGACGUGAGCGUGGGUCUGUCGCGUGCGGCUAGACUGCUCGGCCAUGUUCAGUACUUUAAACAUUAUCGACAAUUGCAGCCGCUCUAUAGAGACGGACCUAACCCAGCGUUCCAUGAUGCGAUCUCCGACAUCGUAGCUGUGCAGCUGACGUCACCAGCGCAUCUUAACACCCUGAACCUGGCGCAGGUCACGACGGGGCCUCGUGCUGAACUCAACCAUCUGCUAUGGCUAGCGUUAGAGAAACUCCCCCUAGUUGCAUAUGCGUACGUGCUCGAUAGAUGGCGUUGGGACAUCUUUGCGAAUUCGAGUCUUAAGAAUUGGAAUCAGCAUUGGUGGGAUCUCAGAGUCAACGAGACAGGGAUAUCUCCACCUGUGCCAAGAAAUGAGAGCGACUUGGAUCCCGCGGCCAAGUAUCAUGUCGUGUCUCACGUGCAGUAUAUUACAUAUUUGGUAUCGCACGUGUUGGAGUUCCAAAUCCUGUCGUCUUUGUGUAAGAAGGCGAACCACACCGGACCUCUGCAUAACUGUUCCUUACGCGACGUUAAGGAAGCAGGAAAACUUCUCAGCAAUGGGAUGUCGCUAGGUGCCAGCGUUGAUUGGAGGACUGUACUACAAGCGAUAACUGGUGAAACAGAUCUAUCUUCAGCCGGUCUGUUAGAAUACUUCGCUCCACUCAGUCAAUAUUUGCGCAAAGAAAAUGAGAAACUUGCAAAUCUCACUGAAGAUAUGGAUAAAAAUCCGCCCAUCAUUAUAGGAGCUAUAAUCAUAUUUGUGAUAUUAACAAUGAUAAUAGCUUAUUGUGUUAAGAAGCACACGUAUAGAAAAGUACUCUCAUGGUGUGGAUUUACUAAGAACGGCUCUUUAGAUAUUGUGACAAAUGAAAUGACCCAAACCAAAUCGAAAGAAGAGGAAGGUGUAAAUGAGGACAAUGUAUGAUAUGUUAAACAUAUAUGAAAAUAAAUUAUAUAGUGAUUCUUUUUACGAGUAGAACUGUGAAUAUGUGCCACUACGCCGAUUAAUUUUGUUAGGAAUAUUUUAAGUUUUUUGCUAUUUUAUG